AGACCUUUUAAUUAAUUCCAAAUGAGUAACGGUUAUGAUUUAAUCUUGUCGAUGUUUCUAUUUCUCUCCCUCACUCACUCGCUCACUUUUAUCUUCCAUUCAGUUUGGUUUUCUAUUCUCACUUUUGUUUACAUUUGAUUUUCACCUUUCCGUUAAUCACUUUUUUUGUUUUCUCCAUGUUAACUGUGGUAAUAUUUUCUUUCCUUUUCCAAUUAAUUUAAUCAAUUGAAAGAAUAUAAUUUAUCAUAUUGAAACAGUUGAGAUAAUUAUGUCUUCAUCUAAAAUCCAAGAAGCUCAAGAAUGUGUUGAUCGAGCUGAGAAAAGCUUGAAAACAACAUUGUUCAGGUGGAAACCCGAUUUUGAAAUGGCUGCUGUUGAGUAUCAAAAAGCAGCCACUGCUUACAAAGGUUGUAAUUUUCUAACAGCCGUUGAUUGUGGCAUUAAAUCAGGUGAUUACUACCAACAGGCACAUCAAUAUUUUUCAGCAGCAAAAGCUUAUGAACAAGCAGCUUAUGUCGCUGGUAAGGAUAUGGAAAAUUGGCCUCAGGCUAUUGACCUACUCGAAAAGGCUUGUACAUUAUUCCAAGAACAUGGUGUCCCCGAUACCUGUGCUCUAGUCUACGAAAGAGGUGCUAAAUUGAUUGAAAAGGUGGAUCCUUUGAAAGCGGCACAACUUUACGGCCAAGCGGCUGAGGUGAGCUCAAUCGAAUCAAAAAGUCUCCAAGCCGCAGAGUAUGCCUCAAAAUCGGCUCGUGUCUACCUUAAGCUUAAAAAUUACAGCGAAGCUCUGAAAAUGCUCGAAAAACAAAUGGCACUUCUUCAAGAGGCUCCAGAUGAAAGAGCCUGUGGACGUUUGGUGGUGCACUUAGUACUUGUUCAACUCUCAAGAGACGAUGUGGUUGCAGCUUCCAAAGUUUUCGGCGACUACAUUGUUUAUGUCGAACAAGAAGAAAAGAAUACUCUUAAUCAACUUCUUUAUGGAUUCGAUCAAAUGGAUUCCAGACAGAUUAUCAGCGCUCUUAAACAUCCGUUCAUCAAAAGUCUCGACAUCGAAUAUGCAAAACUAGCCCGAUCGUUGCAACAAAAACACGAGGGUAUUCUUGAAAGGUCAGAGGGGAAAAGUACUUCGCCAACAGAAGACCAACCAGCGGUCGACGAUGAAGCUGGUCUUUUACUCUAAUCAUCUUUUCAAGGAAACUAAAUCAAAACAACAGAUAGCAAAUUACUAACCAAUGCAAUGGAUUGAACCUUUUCCUUGUUUAGUUUAACUUGUUCAUCUAUCAUCAUUUAUCACCAUAAUUAUUAUCAUCACUCAUCAUCAACAUUCAGCUUGUGUGUUAAUCUCAUGAUAAUUUUAUCAAGCUAGUUAUUUGAUUUAAAUGUAAGAAUCAGAGAGAAAGAAAGAGUGUAAAUCGUUUUUCAUCUUCUUCAUAUUGGUUAAUUGUUAAAAAAUCAUGAUCUAUUUCAAGUCAUAAAGCUAAUCAACAAUCUCACUACAAUUUAGAAACCCAGGCCAGUAUUAAAUCAACUAUUGUUACAGUCAAAA